AGGGCUGAGAUCGCUAAGAUGGCCGAGAUUAAUAAGCCAGUGAAUCUAGGUAUGGGUAUGCCCGACUUUAACGCCCAGCCCCAGUCAAUUAUGGACGCCAUGAGUGAUAUCGUGGCCAAUGGUCAGCCCUCACUGCACCAGUACACUAAAAGUCCCGGUCAUCCACGACUCGUGAAAGUGUUGGCUAGACUUUACUCCAAACUCAUUGACACUGAUAUCCGAGACGAUAAUAUCCUGAUAACAUUGGGUGCCUAUGAGGCCAUACACUGCGCUAUCUAUGGGUUGAUUAAUACGGGCGAUGAGGUUAUCAUUAUAGACCCGGCUUAUGAUGGCUACGCGAUGAUCACCAGGGCAGCCGGUGGUGUACCCGUACAUAUUGCCCUAAAACGUGUCGAUAAUACCGGUGCCGGUGAUGUUGAAUGCGAUGAAUGGGAGUUGGAUUUCAAUGAGCUGGAGGCAAAGUUCAGUACAAAGACCAAGCUUAUUAUUAUCAAUACACCGCACAAUCCGUUGGGAAAAGUGUUCACACGGGAGGAACUGGAGAAAAUCGCACAGUUAUGCCAAAAGUAUAACGUAAUCGCCGUCAUGGACGAGGUGUACGAGUGGCUCACCUACGAUGGCAACCGACACUUUCGAUUAGCCUCCCUGUCCGGUAUGUUCGACCGCUCCAUAACCAUCGGAUCGCUGGGAAAGGCAUUCAACGUCACGGGAUGGCGCUGUGGGUGGGCUAUCACAGGCAACCCGGCCAUAAGGGACGCCCUAAUCCUGGCGCACGUGACCUCCAUAUACGUGGCGCCGACUAUUAUCCAGGAGGCGGCCGCCCGAGCCUUUGAGCUCGAGUUGGAAAAACUCGAGCAAAACCGACCCGAAGACAUGUAUUGGACACAACUGUCCGCUCUGUUGGACAAAAAGCGGACAGUUAUGUACGACAUGCUGUCCGAGUUGGGCCUGAAACCCAUGGUCCCGGAGGGCGGCUAUUAUAUGGUGGCCGACUGUCGCGCCCUAAUUGAUAGGUUAGAUUUGGACGAGUAUUACGAUAAGAGGGGAAAGACGUUCGCGUUUGUGAGGUGGCUGUCCGCCCAGGGAGUACAGGGUGUGCCUCUGACUGUGUUUUAUAGUCAGGAUAAUAAGGGUUUGGCCGAAGGGUUGGUUAGGUUUUGCUUUAUUAAGAGCGAUGAGACGCUGGCAAUGGCGGAACAGGUGUUGAAACGUAUAACCAAGGUGAUUGGUGCUGAGAGACAAAAGUUUUAUUUGAUCCAGGGUUAAUUUGUGCGAUAUGCUAUGGUAACCUAGAUAGUAUUUAUUGGAUUUUGAUAUUUAUUUAUUUUUAAUGUUAUACUAUACUAAAGGUAUGACUUUAUGAUAAUGAUCUUGGAAUUAAUUUAUUUGAUGUAUGCCUAGAUGAAUUUAUUAUUUAUACUAUAAUAUUAUUAUUAUUUUAAUUAUUUCUUAAAAACUUG